AUGACGGAAAUGUACCAUGUAACUGUCGGAAAAACUGCAAUCUUCGAUACUGCCGAUGUUUUAAGGAAAACCGAACUUGCACCUCCCGCUGUCACCCCCGAAGAAAUUCCAAUUGAUCCGCUACUAUUAUCGGAUGAUUCAGAUGAAGCCACCGAGAAUGAAAAUCAAAGUAGUUCUCCAGAACCCUCUAGCAAUGACAGUCAAUAUUCAUCUGCUAGCAAUAAUAAUGAACAGAGAAUUAUGGAGGAGAAAUUGGACCGGAUACAAUGGAAAUACGUUCUUGUGGAAAUCACACCGGUCGCAUUUUGGGUAGGACAUUCUGGACAAUUCCGGAGGCAAAUGGAAAUUGAAGGAGAUCAAAACGAGGAUCCAGAGAUAUUGUUCAGAUCUGUGAUUGCUCCAGAGAUUUUAACACACUUUAUUUGCUCUGAUAUGCAGAUACAGUAUGAUGAGGCGUUGGAGGUAUUACGUGACCCAAUUGCACAGGAGUAUGGUUCUUUUAUUGAUGUGGAUAUGUUGUUAACGGAUCUCGAGGGUCUUGUAUAUAAAUCACCUCCACCACAACAACAAAGUACAAAGAGGGGACGUCAGUUGAGGAAAAAUUAA